UCCAGUUUCUGUUGUCAGUUGCGACGUUAUACUGCUGCAAAACUGGUUCCUCCUCUCUGCUUUCCAUCAGAACAUCAACAAUUCAACUGUGUCCCGAGGAAGAGAAAAAAAUGCUUGUGUAGCUCAGUGAAGCUUGCAGUUGUGCCCUACCUUUAUCUAGAUCUGCUGAUCUUUUCAGCGUGCAUAUUUUAGGCGUGUGAGGGACUCGUUUUGUUGAAAUUCAAAGUCUAAAGUGGCCGUGCUGAAGAGACAGCUCGUCUGGUGGGAUAAAUUAAGCAGUCUACACGGCGUCCUCAGGUUUCCAGCCUAAAUUCAGGAUUUGUGCUGUUCUCUGCUAAGACACAGUGAACCAGCUCUGUCAGUCUCGAGCUGCCUGUGGUGGGGAGGAAAAAAAAAAAAGGAGAAAAAAAUUCUUUGGAGACGCCCGUUCCUUGGGCAGUGUGGUGCCACCAGACAAGGCCUUCAUUGAGCAGAAACAGGAGUGGUCUUGUAGAUGGGAUCCACAGUGGCUCAGCCUCCGAAGCAACAGAACUGUCCAAGGACGAUUAAAUAUUUAAGAGCUUGGAAAGGAGGUCUCAGUGGUUUCCCUGAUUUUCCAGGGAGUUCUCCCCAGUUUUAAUAAUGGAGGUGUUGCAAUGUGAUGGCUGUGACUUCCGAGCCGAGUCAUACGACGACUUGAAGACUCACAUACAGGAAGUGCACACUGUUUUUCUGCAGCCUGCAGAUGCAGAUGAGUCUGAUUCCCUGAAAGAUGAAGAUGAAGACGAGGAGGAAGAAGAGGACUAUGAUGAUAAAGAUGACAAGGAUUAUACGCCUCCUAAAUCUGGAAUGAGCCCCAACUCUACUGACAGUCCCAACCAAACAUCACAAAAGCCAACAGCUGAAACUCAUCUGCAGUUUUAUCAGUGCAAGUUCUGUGUCCGUUACUUCAGAUCAAAGUCUUUCUUAAGAAACCACACCAAAAAGGUGCAUAAUGUCAUAGAGCCAGAUUCGGAUGCAAGUGUCUCCUCAAAGACUGCAAAGCAGCCCAGCUACACUGUCAUAAUGCACAGUGACCAUUCAAAAGUGUAUUCCUGUCAGUAUUGCACAUAUAAGUCCCCAAGGAAAGCACGGAUAAUGAAACACCAACUAAUGUAUCACAACAAAGUUCCUUCGGAUAGUGCUGGAGAUCCCCCGGAGUGCAAUGAAAGCGGUGAGAAAUCGGACUCUGCUACUGAACUCAUGAAGGGAACGUUUGCCUGCGAGUGGUGUGACUAUCAGACCAACCAGAAGGACAGCUGGACCAAUCAUGUGGUGAAGGAGCACAGUGACAAGGUCAAGAUAGUUUCCUGCAUUGCGGAGGUGGAAGAGCAGGCAAGUGCAAGCUCCCCCAAACCGGAUUCUCCCUCCUCUUCCCGUGCUAAUGUUAGCGGAAAGGAGGAGUCUGUAGCAAAAACACCAGAAAACACAGGGGAGAAGUCCACCUCAGAGAUCUCAUCCUUUCAAUAUGCACAGAUAAGUGCAGUUACACCCAACAGCACAGGUUCUUCUAUCCUAUCCAAGAGGUUUGCAUCAUCCGAUGUCCCCAACAGUGCGAUAGCUAUGGACACCAACCUACUCAAUGAGGAAGACUCGAGGAGCAGCUUAGAGGACGAUGACGACGACGAAGAGCUGGGUGAUAUGGACGAUCCCAGCUACACUGGAACCCUGUCCGCAGAUGCAAAGCAGCUAUUAACAGAUGAAGAUAAUAAAUUAUUGGAAACUAAAGGAAUUCCCUUCAGAAAGUACAUGAACCGAUUUCAGUGCCCAUUCUGCUCCUUCCUCACCAUGCACAGGCGGAGCAUCUCCCGCCACAUUGAAAAUAUUCACCUGUCUGGAAAAGCCACGGUGUACAAAUGCGAUGAGUGCCCAUUUAUUUGCACCAGCCCUCUGAAACUAGGCACACACAAACAGAGCCACAAUUUUUCAGAUUUAGAAACCUUGGACCUGACAGGUGAUAGCCCAGGACCUCAGAAUGACAGCGCAGCAGAGCCAGUUAAUGAGGGUAACGUGAGUUCUAAAGUCAAUGGGAAAAAGACAACCAGCACACCAAAUGACCAGCAGAACCCUCACCGCUGCACCCUCUGCAGCUUCUCCACCACCACCCUGAAAGGUCUGAGGGUCCACCAGCAGCAUAAGCAUUCCUACUGUGAUGACCUCGACUCCACUGUCUUUGAAGCCCAGCUGUCUGACCAGCCAGACUCUGAAGUAGAUGCUUCUCCAAUCUUCCUACAAAAAACCCAGACCCCCAUUUUAGGGCUUGCCACCAAAAAGCCCUUAGUAACAGGGAAAAGAGCCAGGAAGUCCAUUAAUGACUUGCCUUUGGAUUUGUCCUCAGUCAAAAAGAGAACCAGAAUUGAUGAAAUUGCCAGUAACCUUCAAAGCAAGAUAAGCCAAAGCCAGCAGGACACCGUCAUUAAUCUGGAUGACAUGGAUGAUGAAGACGCGGGAGAAAAUCAUGCCAGCGCUGAUGAGGGGAGAAACAAUGAAAACAACUCUGUCUUUGCUUACAACACACAGCAGCUUUAUGCAAGAGACUCUGCCAGCUCUAAUGAGGGCAGCAGAAUAGGGAAAAGAAAAAGCAACCCUAGGUCCAAGCCUAGAAACAUCCCCAUAUCGCUGACUCUCUCGGACGAUAGUGAAAAUAUCUCCGCUGAUGCCAGUGACAGUGCUAUCCAAGAGAACAUGGAAUAUUCAGAGGAUCCUGGAAUUACACGCUUCUACUGCAAACACUGUGAUUACCACAACAAGUCGGCUCGUAGCGUCAGCACCCAUUACCAGAGGAUGCACCCUUACAUCAAGUUUAGUUUUAAGUACAUCCUGGACCCUGAAGACCAGAGUGCAGUCUUCCGCUGCUUAGAGUGCUACAUCGAAUACACAAAUUACAACGAUCUGCACCAACACUACAUGGACCACCACCCUGAAGCAAGCAAUGUGCUCAACUUCAACCAGCCCCAUCUCUUAUACAUGUGCCGGUUUUGUUCGUACACGAGCCCUAACGUGAGGAGCCUAAUGCCCCAUUACCAAAGAAUGCACCCCACCGUGAAAAUCAACAACGCCAUGAUCUUUUCCAGCUAUAUUGUAGAGCAGUCCCACAAAAGCAGUGAAUCACAGACUCUGAGGGAAAUACUCAAUUCAGGACCGAAAAAUUUUAACUCUCCCACUUCGAUGCCCAGGUCCACCUCAAGCCCGGUGCAGAAAGCGGUUUCCAAAUCCCCUGAAGCUAGCGCUGACCCAGAACCUCUCAAAGAAGGCAGCAAUGUUGUCGUCUACGAUUGUGACGUGUGCUCCUUUGCAAGCCCCAAUAUGCACUCUGUUCUGGUCCACUACCAGAAGAAACACCCAGAGCAAAAGGCGUCUUAUUUCCGUAUACAGAAAACCAUGAAGGUCAUCUCAGUGGAUCAGUCACAGCCUGUAGCCAACUCUUCGUUUAACACCAGCAUGUCUUCGACUCCAAAACAAUCAAGUGCAGCAGUUUAUGGAUCAGAUGAAGAAAUGUAUUACUGCAAGCACUGCGUGUACAGCAACAGAUCUGUUGUUGGUGUUUUGGUCCAUUAUCAGAAAAGACACCCGGAGGUGAAAGUGACAGCGAAAUACAUCAAACAUGGCGCUCCUACCCCUGGAUUGAUGAAGCUCAUGGAUGAGCUACAGAUUGCAGCACCCAAGCAGUUUAUGAAGCAGUUUCAAAAUAACGGUCACGACGGAUCUAAUAACUCGAGCCCCAAACCCGGAAGUGGCGAGAAAGGCGAGGAUGAGCUGUUCUUUUGCCAGCACUGUGAUUACGGCAACCGCACUGUAAAAGGCGUGCUUAUUCACUAUCAGAAAAAGCACAGGGAGACCAAGGCCAACGCUGACCUUGUGCGCCGCCACACUGCAGUCGUCCGGAGUCAACGUGAGCGAGCGCAGAUGGUUCAGUCCAGCGUCGCCUCGUCUGCCGCUGUCCCAGCUCCUCCAGACCCUGAAAACACUACACCUCUGCGUUCCCUGAAGUGCAGGCACUGUUCCUACACAUCUCCCUACGUCUAUGCUCUGAAGAAGCACCUAAAGAAAGAGCACCCUACUGUGAAAGCCACAGCCAUGACAAUUUUACACUGGGCUUAUCAAGAUGGUAUCUUGGAGGCUGGCUACCACUGCGAGUGGUGUAUUUACUCCCAUGCUGAACCCCAGGGUCUGUUGCUCCAUUACCAAAGACGCCACCCUGAGCAUAAUGUUGAUUACACAUACAUGGCCAGCAAGCUGUGGGCUGGGCCUGAGACAACCCAACAGGGAGGCAAUGCAGAGACGAAACAUUACAAGUGUAGGGACUGUGCCUUUGAGGCUUGCACAAUAUGGGACAUCACCAAUCACUAUCAGGCGGUCCACCCCUGGGCUAUCAAAGGGGACGAAUCCGUGCUUUUGGAUAUAAUCAAAGGAAACGGCUCAACUGAAAAAGCCCAACAGCAGGUUUCCAAAGAGCAGACGUCUCUGAAUUGCCAGACUGUUGAAGAUGACGGCCCGUUGGUUAUUGCCACCCCACCUCAAGAAAGCAAUCCCCAGCCUCACCACCCACGCCUUUCCAUCUCUAACAAUCCUUAUCAGUGUACUGUAUGUCUGUCAGAGUACAACAGUCUGCAUGGCCUCCUCACCCACUAUGGAAAGAAGCACCCUGGCAUGAAAGUGAAAGCUGCAGAUUUUGCACAGGAGGCAGACCUCAACCCCAGUUCUGUGUAUAAAUGUCGCCACUGUCCGUAUGUGAACUCCCGGAUCCAUGGAGUCCUCACCCACUAUCAGAAAAGACACCCGUUGGUCAAAGUCACAGCGGAAGACUUUGCAGACGACAUAGAGCAAAUCACAGAGUUGCACGAAGGGGACGACAAGUUCAAAACUCAAAGGCAGGGCUACGGCGCGUACAGAUGCAAAAUGUGCCCGUAUACACAUGGGACUCUGGAGAAACUCAAAAUCCAUUAUGAGAAAUAUCACAAUCAGUCUGCUUCCGACAUGUUCUCUCCUUCUCUGACUCAUUUUUCUUCUGGUAAAGAAACAGAGCUAGCAGGUGAGUGCAGCGCAAGUCAUAUAUCAAGUGCAGCAAAAGUCCAGGAGGUCAGUGAGUUGGACCUUGCCCUCUCUCAGUUACCCAUCAAUAAGACAGAAAAACACGCUGUGUUCAAGUGUCAGCUCUGCAAAUACUUCUGCUCGACCAGGAAGGGCAUCGCUCGCCACUACCGUAUCAAGCACAACAACGUCCGUGCUCAGCCGGAGGGUAAAAAUAACGUCUUCAAAUGUGCUCUGUGCUCAUACACAAACCCCAUACGCAAAGGCCUGGCAGCACACUACCAGAAGCGGCAUGAUAUCGAUGCCUAUUACACCCACUGUCUGGCUGCUUCGAAGACUAUGAAUGAAAAGGUGAACAAAGUGAUGGCACCCCCGCCGACUGAAGGGGACAAUUCAGAAAUGAGCGAAGAUUUGCGAUUAGCUGUGGAGAGACGGAGGUGCUCUCUUUGCCCCUUCCAGGCCUUCAGCAGGAAGAGCAUUGUCUCACACUACAUUAAACGCCACCCGGGUGUCUUCCCUAAGAAGCAGCAUUCGAGCAAACUCGGCCGCUACUUCACUGUCAUUUAUGCCAAAGAACCCGAAAAGACUGCCGCGAGUGCAUCAGCAGAGGACGAUAAGGAAGUGAUAGAGGUCCCGCUCGAACCUGAGCAGGAUGGAGAUGUGGACUGGCUGCCAUUCAAGUGUCUGAAAUGCUUCAGGUUGUCUUUUAGCACCGGCGAGCUGCUCUCUAUGCACUACAACAACCACCACUGCAACGACUUGAAGCGGGACUUUGUGGUAUCUCCUGGUCUCUGGGACGAGGAUCCCGAUUUAUAUCGGUGUUCUCACUGUGAGCUUAAGUUCCUAUAUCUCCCCGCUCUUGCUAAACAUCUCCUGAAGCACAAUGAGGAGUUUCAGAAAAAGGCGAUGAGGCACGAGAGAAGGAGGCAGCUCCUCAGCAAGCAGAAAGCCACAGAGCUGCCUGAGAGCAAACAGGAGAAGGAGAGUCCUGUAAAUAAAACUCCCAUCGGAUUCAGGUGUAACUUCUGUGUAGAGAUACACCCAACCCUCCGAGCCAUCUGCAACCACCUUAGGAAGCAUGUCCAGUAUGGUGAGGUCAAAGAGGGGCAUGUCAAGCAGGAAGUCAGCGAGGUCCCCCUGAUCCUACCUUCCGAGAGCCUAACUAAUGGCAACAUGGAGGGGGAUGAAGCUGCCGAAGUCGACGGCCUGGAGAGACCCGGAGCCACGCCCAAAGAUUCUGAUGAUGCCGCUGUUACCGUGGAGAACCUGGAUCCUGAGACGGACGCUGGUGAAGGAAGGGCGGCGGCCUUGGUGGCCGCAGCCAGGGCCGUAGUGUCAGAGGGCCAGCUGAAGCAGCGGCUGGCAGCAGGGGGUCACCCGUGCGCCCAGUGCGAUCGAGUCUUCAUGUCCAUGCAGGGCCUGAGGUCCCAUGAGAGGAGCCACUCAGCCAUGGCGCUGUUCAGCAAAGAAGACAAAUACAGCUGCCAGUACUGCCAGUUUGUCUCGCCCUUCAGACACAAUCUGGACCGACAUGUGCAGUCUCACCACGGGCACCACAAGCCCUUCAGGUGUAAGCUCUGCCCCUUUAAAUCUGCCUACGUGAGCCGCUUGAAGAGCCACCUGCAUAAGGCACACACAGGUGAGCAGCACACAUACAAGUGCUUGUCCUGCCCCUUCACUUCUAUGACCAUCAGCCAGCUGAAGGAGCACUCUCUGAGAGACCACGGUGAAGUCUUGACCCUUCCCAAACUCCGAGCAGCCAACCAGGCUGCGCAUGCCACCCUCAGGCCCCCCCGACCGGCCAGUAAUCCAGAACAGACUCCCAUAGCACCUGAUGAUCCGUCAUACCUGGAGCCAGUGGAUGUUCGUCAGCAGCUCAGUCAUUACCAGCUGGCCUCCCGCAGUCAAAUGUCUUCCAGCUCGACACCUGGUGGCUCAACGGUGGCCGACAAUCGUCCUGAGAAUAUCCUCACGUGCGAGUUCUGUGAGUUCAGCUCCGGAUACAUGCAGAGUCUACGGCGUCACUACAGGGACCGUCACGGUGGCAAGAAGCUCUUCAAGUGCAAAGACUGUUCCUUUUUCACCUGCUACAAGAAUACCUUCACCAUGCACGUAGAGGCGGGUCACUACAACAACAUGCCAGAGGACCUCGCUAAAGACCUGCGCUGCCCUCUCUGCCUCUACCACACCAAACGCAAGAGCAACAUGAUCGACCACAUUGUUCUGCACAGAGAGGAGCGCGUGGCUCCAUUGGAGGUCAGCCGCUCCAAGCUGUCGCGUCACCUUCAGGGCCUGGUUUUCCGUUGUCACAAAUGCACCUUCACAUGCUCCAGUGACCAGGCCCUGCAGCUGCACCUGCAAAAGCACGCUGAGAUCAAGCCCUACCAGUGCCAGCUCUGCUAUUAUGACACCAAUAGACGGAUCCAGCUAGAGGACCAUCUACGCCUUGAGCACAAGGUAAUCCGCAACUUUGAACUGAUGGGCCGGGUCAACCUGGACCAGCUGGACAUGAUAAAGGAUCAAGGCAGCAGUGCUGAGGAGGAGGAGGAGGAGGAGGAGGAGGAGGAGAGAGAAACUAUGGAGAUGGUGUCAGAUGGAAAAGUGGCUCUGGAGGAGGAAGAGGAGGAAGCGGAGGAGGAGAAUGACGAUAAUGAUGUGGGAAUGGAAAUCAUUGAGAACAUGGUGGAGGGCCAGACAGAGAUGGACGAUGAAGAGAUGGAGGAAAACGUCAAAGACGAAGACGAUGAGGUGGAAGAAGUAGAAGAAGUGGAGGAUGAGGAGGACGAAGAGGAAGUCCAGGAAGUGGGGGAAGGGAAGCCUGCCCCUCAAGAAGUCCUUGCAUCUCCCAUCAGCAACAGCAGCAGCAACAGCUCUGGGCCAAGCAGUGCAGAGAAGCGUAUUCCAUGCGAGUUCUGCGGCCGCUGCUUCACAAACAGCCUCGAAUGGGAACGACAUGUCCUUCGACAUGGCAUGAUGGUUAACAACAGUCGACUGGACACCAGCACCACUUCAGCAAUAGAGGCCUCAGCUUCAUCUUCCACCAGCUCCUCUGUGUUUGCAGACACAAGACUGGACCUGUCCAGUAACAGAAAAGAGGACGGGAACCCCACUGAUCUAUCUUUGGCAAGUCAAAGCCAGUAUGUGGAAGACAAAGAAAAGCUUGACACCAAAAAGGAUCAACAGUUCGGCUGAAGCGAUUGUGGCCUCUUGAGAUGCUGUGCUAGAAAGUGAUAAGAUUGGGUAGGAUCAGCGCCGAGUAGUGGGAUCAGUAAAUAAGAUGUCAAAGGAAACAAAAGGUCGAAACAUUAAAAAAAAAAAAAAAAAAAGAGUUUUUAUGAGUUGGUGCAUUAUUAGAUUUUAGAUGUUACAUAUAUAAGUAUUAGGUUGUGCUGCAUAAAACGGCUAAGCUCUUUAAAUGGGCGGUCCCCUUGGACAGAUUUUAAUAUAUUGGUAACCAAUAGUGAACAGAACUCUUUAUUGCUGACAUUCUGGUCAAAUCCACAGUAAAAGUUCCCACCUAGAUAAACUCCACUAUUUAUAGAGAAUGUUGUCCAAAACGAGAAACUAAAUUUUAGCAUUUUAUUAUUUGAAGCACCUUUCACACUCCUCCCCUGCUGAUUCAACACAGUGGUACUGAAAUUUUACCUAAAACAAAAAGGCGUGAAAGCAUUUACAGCUGUGACCCACUGUAGACCAAGCUUUUCUUAUAUUUUAUCAAAAUUUCAGAGGUUUUUUUUUUUUUUUUUAGUGAAGUGUGUGGAAGUAUUUUUGGAGAAAUAGUGGCACCUUAUGUAUUUGAGUAAAAUCACAAAUCUUGUUCUCUCCCUCUGCAAAUUGCCCCAACGUUUGAUCGGAAUUGCUAUAAUUUUUGGUCCCUUUAGUAUUAUACUAUGUAUAAAUCUUUGGCCUGUGGCACCCUUUGCAUUUUACUUCUACUCCUUUUGUUUUUUUUGGGGGGGGUUUUUAUUGUCCAGAAAUUCACUGUGAAAAUCAUAGAAAUAAUGGGAUCGGCUUUAAUCUCCUGUAAGAUAUUAUGUUGAGUGUAGUCCGGGUUUUCCUUUGCCCUCAGCAGAUCCCACAACGCCUCUCCACAGCCAGCUGAUUUAUUGUUUUUUGGUCCAAUAAUUUUAGAAUAUUAAAUGAAACCGUGGAACAUUUUACCUUCAUACUUUGAAAUUCUUCCGAGUUACAGCCUCCCCAAGUACACGAUGGUUGCUAUUGCCACUUUCUAUUUCAUAUUCUUGCCUUUUUCAACCCCCAUAACCUGUAAGGGACAGAAGGAUCUUUACAGAAGAAUAAAGUUAUCAUUAUUACUUAAAUUGAUUUCCAUAGCAUGAAGGUAAAAAAGAAAAGCAAUGUAUAAGUACCACUCCAUUUGUCAUUCACCACGAUUUUGCAUUGCUUCAUUGAAUAUACUGAAGUUAUUAUACCAAAAAAGGCUGAUUGUGAGGUGGAAGUGACUUUAACAUGGAUUGACCUAGUGAUUUGUUUAAUGUGUCAUGACCUUACCUGUGUCCGUUAAGGAUUAGCCUGGAUUGCAACUACCAGUUUUACGAUCAAUGGCAACUUUUCUGAGAGACAAAGAUUACACUUGUCUUUUCAAUGCAAAAUGUGUAAUCAGGUGUGCCUGAAAUCCCGCUCUCUCCUCGUCCUCUGCGGAGGAGUAAGAGUCCACGCCUCCGCCGAGAUCAGGAGGUUCUAACCGUAUUGGAGUGGUCUGGUUCACUGGAUUACACUGUGCACGGGGGAUCGGACCACGCCAAGUGUCAACCCACCACAGCUGUGUUUCAAAACCAGUGCACAAGUGCCUUAAAAUGCAGCUCCCCUUACGGCCGCUAUAUGGCUUUUGAUUGCUUUAACAGUAAUAAGGAAAACACCAAACGUCCCUCUAAAAUUUCAAGUUAAAGUUGUGUGUUUUUCCGCAAGAAUUUGCUCUAUAUGAAUCUAUUCCAAUGUGUGCCUUAUUGGCAAUAAUUAAGAUCAGAUCAGAUCGAGUUAAAUUUAUCUUUAUUGUAAUUGCACAGAGCAAGUACCAGAAAAGUAAAAUGUGAUUUAUCAUGUAGCGCAAAGAUAUUGAGACUUUUAGCGUAACCAGAUUACCAAAAAAACUCUAUUCUAAUCUAAUCCGCCAGAUAUAGUUUUAGUCACUCAACUAUAUAGUGCAUUUUAUUUCUUUUGACCUCCCCGAUCCACUGUAAGCACAUGGGAUUUAAUUAGUUAUGCUCACAUUAUUGAGAGUUCGAUAAAGAGGAUGGUGUGUAUAUAGAAGGAAAAGCUGCUUUUGAUUAUUUUUGAGUGUUUGUUUCAUGUUUUCGCACCACAAAUGAUAUCCCGGGCUAAACUGAGUAUGUUUGCAGCCUUCUUUGUUUCUUUGAAAAAUGUCUGGACCUUUCACUGUCACCUCUGUUGAUUAGGUUAUGGAAAGGUUGCUCUACUGUAUUUGUAUGUGCUUGCGUUGAGCAUUCAAACAUAGGCUUUGAAAUGUCUCUUCAGAAACACAUGGCUGAGGCUAAGGGAAUGGCCCUGUUUUGCUAUAGUCUGCGGCCCAGUUUUAAAAAAAUACAAUGAAAAGACAAGUGUAACCUGAGCAGGAAGCUCUGAAAACAUUUGUUUCUACGUGUAUAGGAAAAAUCUAUAGGAAAAAUAUGAGACAAUGUUAAAGAUUCACUGUUUUUAAAGGUCUCAAAUUCCCUGAUCUUAAAGACCUCUGGAAUUUUUUUUUUUUAUGUUUUGACGCACCUGUCAUAGUCUGCAUUUGUGUGCUUCUUGUUAGACAAAGCUGUUAUAUAAUUGUUAAUAUUGACAAAAGGCAGAGAUUGUAUUUGUUGGAAGCUGCUGCUUGAAUGCCCAUAAGCCUUAUGAGAAGUGAAUAGCAAUGAAGUCAAAUUUGCAUCCAACUCCAAUAAGACCAGCAAGAACAAUUAAACAGUCUGGAGAGGGGAAAAAAGAAUGGCUAAUAACUCCAAUGUUAAGAGGAACACGUAAUAAAGCAAUGUGUUCUUGGUACCAAAAUAUUUACCACGCCUGAUGUGUUUGCUGCUGGAAUCGGCUUUCAUAAGCAUUGAACUGUUGAUGGAAAUGGCAAAUCUGGGUUUGAACCAUAGACUUGUUCUAUGGGUUGAACUUGGACGAAGUACAUGUUUGCAGCCAUGUAUAGACAACAAAACUACUCGUUAAGUGUUUUGAACUGUGGUGUUUCAGAAAGGAUAACUUAACCCUUUUUUUUUUCUUUUAAGUGUUGACUCUUUUUUUUUUUU